CCAAGAUGGCGGCGGGGAGCGGUGGAGGAGGAGGAGGAGGCGGCGGCGGAGGCAGCGGUGGCGGACCGGCGGCUCGGGAGUUGUUCGCUGAGGGGUUGCUGCAGUUCCUGCGGCCGGCGGUGCGGCAGCUCGACGGGCACGUCCACGCCGUCAGGGAGAGCCAGGUGGAGCUGCGGGAGCACAUCGACAGCCUGGCCACGGAGCUGUGUCGCAUCAACGAGGACCAAAAAGUGGCGUUGGACCUCGAUCCCUACGUGAAGAAGCUGCUGAACGCCCGGCGCAGGGUGGUGCUGGUCAACAACAUCCUGCAGAACGCCCAGGAACGGCUGCGGAGGCUGAACCACAGCGUGGCCAAGGAGACGGUGAGGAGGAAGGCCAUGCUGGAGGCGGCGGGUGGCUACCCACAGGGCUUGUCUGGCAAGUGAAAGCCCUCCCCCACCCUCCAGGCCGCAUCCCCCUCGCACCACGGAUGUGCCAGAGCAGGAAGGACCCCCGGAGGGUGAGGGGGUGACAGGGGACGGAACGGGGAGAGGGUGUCCCCGCUUGUAGCAGCACGAG